AACUAAUUUUGUAGUUUUUCUUUCUCUUACUAUUGUUUUGGUUUGUUCUUCAACUUUUUUUUGUUAUUUAUAAUGUGUUUGAGUUAUAUUUGAGUUUGAGUUAAACAUAGUGUAAUGUUUUAAGUGUGUGAAGAGUUAAACUUAGUGUAGUGCUUUAAGUAUCUGAACUUGAGAUAAUAAUUGUCAGAUAUUAUGUGUUUGUGUUCUUGUCAGUUUGUGUUGUUGUCUUUGUGUUAAUAUAAUGUAUUAUCUUGACCACAGUUAGAUGUUUGAGUUUCAGAUUGUGUUAAUGUCUUAUCUAGAACUUGAGAUGGUAUCUUAUGGUUGAAUUGUUGUUCUAAAGGUCUUACUUACGCUUAGUACAUAUAAUGUUGGACAAGUCAUGGGUCCAUCUCUGCAGAGUUGAUCCUGCUUAUGAGAGAGGUGCUCGAAAAUUUGUACGAGCUGUGACUGAGGCUUUAGGAGACAUUGAUAAGCUAGUUUGUCCAUGCAUCGACUGCCGUAAUAUUGAUCGUCACUCGGGCAGUGAUGUGGUUGAUCAUCUUGUAACAAGAGGAAUGGAUGAGGCAUACAAGCGGCGGAGUGAUUGGUAUCAUCAUGGAGAAGUGAGCUCUGGGGCUGAAGUAGAAAGCAAAGUGAACCACUGGAAUGAGGAGAUAUUUGACUUAUAUAAAGCUGCUGAAUAUUUAGAUGAAGAGUUAGCUAGUAAAGGUGACUUAGGUGAGAUUGUAGAGGGUGACUUAGUUGAGAUAACUGAAGGUGAAGAAAAGAGAGAAGAUGAGUUUCUUGCAAAGCUAGCAGAUGCGGAGACACCAUUGUAUCCAAGCUGUGCGAACCAUAGCAAGCUAUCAGCUAUUGUGGAGCUGUUUAGAAUUAAGACAAAUAAUGGCUGGUCUGACAAGAGCUUCAAUGAACCGCUUGAGACAUUGCCAAAGAUGUUACCCAAGGAGAAUGUGCUUCACACAUCAUUGUAUGAUGUGAAGAAGUUUUUGAAGAGCUUUGACAUGGGAUAUGAGAAGAUCCAUGCGUGUGUAAAUGAUUGUUGCCUAUUUAGAAAGAAGUACAAGAAGCUCGAUAAUUGUCCAAAAUGCAAGGCUUCAAGGUGGAAGGUUAACAUGCACACUGGUGAAGUAAAGAAAGGUGUCCCACAGAAAGUAUUGAGAUACUUUCCAAUAAUCCCACGGCUUAAGAGAAUGUUCAGAACUAUGGAAAUGGCGAAGGACUUAAGGUGGCAUUUUAGUAACAAGAGCAGCGAUGGAAAAUUCCAUCAUCCUGUAGAUUCUGUUACUUGGAAAAAAAUGGAUGACAAAUACCCUUCCUUUGCAGCUGAAGAAAGGAACAUCCGGCUUGGACUUUCCACAGAUGGAUUUAAUCCGUUCAACAUGAAGAAUACUAGGUAUAGUUGUUGGCCUGUUCUGUUAGUUAAUUAUAAUCUGCCUCCUCACUUAUGUAUGAAGAAGGAGAACAUCAUGCUUACCUUGUUGAUUCCUGGACCACAAGAGCCUGGUAAUAGUAUUGAUGUUUACUUAGAACCACUAAUAGAUGAUUUAAACCAUCUGUGGAAGAAGGGAGAGUUGACUUAUGAUGCCUUUGGUAAAAAUAUUUUUACUCUUAAGGCAAUGCUUCUUUGGACUAUUAGUGAUUUUCCUGCUUAUGGAAAUCUUGCAGGCUGCAAAGUUAAGGGUAAAAUGGGAUGUCCUAUAUGUGGAAAAAACACAGAUAGUAUGUGGCUGAAAUUUAGCAGAAAGCAUGUUUUUAUGUGUCAUAGAAAGGGAUUAGCACCAACACAUAGUUAUCGGGAUAAGAAGGCAUGGUUUGAUGGGAAAGCUGAACAUGGGAGAAAGGCUAGAAUAUUAACUGGUCGUGAAAUUUCCCAAAAUCUGAGAAACUUCAAAAACGAUUUUGGUAAUGCUAAAGAAUCUGGAAGGAAGAGAAAAAGGACUGAAUAUCUUGACUCAGGAUCUGAUAUUGAUGAUGAAUCCAGUGAAUCAGAAGAAGAGGAAGAAGUAGCAGUUGACGAGGAAGAAUUAUCAAGAUGGAAGAAAAGAUCCAUUUUGUUCAAGCUAGAGUAUUGGGAGGAUCUCCCGGUGAGGCAUAAUUUGGAUGUAAUGCAUGUAGAGAGAAAUGUGGCUGCAAGCAUUGUCUCUACAUUGUUGCAUUGUGGAAAAUCAAAGGAUGGUCUUAAUGCUCGUAAAGAUUUGCAAGAACUUGGGAUAAGAAAGGAUUUACAUCCUAGUACACAAGGAAAGAGAACUUACCUUCCAGCAGCUCCUUGGUCUUUAUCAAAGAAAGAGAAGAAAAUUUUCUGCAAGCGGCUUUUUGAUUUUAAAGGUCCAGAUGGAUAUUGCUCUAAUAUAUCAAGGGGUGUAUCAUUAGAGGAGUGUAAGAUAACAGGUCUCAAAUCACAUGAUUAUCAUGUAUUGAUGCAACAGCUACUCCCAGUUGCACUUAGAGGAUUGUUACCAAAAGGACCUAGGACAGCAAUCUUUCGCUUGUGCGCAUUCUUCAACAUGUUGUGUCAGCGAGUUAUUGACAGGGAGCAGAUUUCAGUAAUGGAAGCUGAAAUAGUUGAAACUCUCUGUAUGUUUGAAAGAUUUUUCCCACCCAGCUUCUUUGAUAUCAUGGUACACUUGACAGUUCAUCUAGGAAGGGAAGCUCGUCUUGGAGGACCAGUCCAUUUUAGAUGGAUGUACCCAUUUGAAAGGUACAUGAAAGUUCUGAAAGACUUUGUUAGAAAUCCUGCAAGACCGGAAGGUUGUAUCGCAGAGUCUUACCUUGCAGAAGAAUGUGUGCAGUUUUGUAGUGAUUUUCUGAAAAAGUCAACUAGUGUAUAAGAAAAACUGGAUAGAAAUACAGAGUAUGAGAAUAUCUCUAUUCUAGAAGGUCGGCCUAUAUCCGCAGGCACUUCAUUUACUCUCACUGAAAUGGAGAAAAAUAUAGCACAUCUUGCUGUCAUUCAGAAUAUUGCUGCCUUGGAUCCUUAUGUGGACAUGCACCUGCAAUAUCUACAAGACUCAUAUCCAAGAUGUAGACGUGAAGCAUCACUGUUGUGGACUAUGCAUGCUCAGAAAUUUGCUACUUGGUUAAAAGAGCAGGCAAGUAAUAAUAUAUCUGAAUGGUAUGCAUUCAUGAUUCUGGUUUUCAUAUCCUUUUGUUUCUGACUGUUCUUUGUUUUUUUUACAUUUGGUAGAUACCAAUAGUUUCAAAUGGACAUGAAGAUACUCUUAAGUGGUUGGCUUAUGGUCCUCGGUGUAGUGCUAGGUCUUAUACAGGGUAUAUAGUUAAUGGUCAACAGUUUCACACAAGCUCACUUCAAAGAAAAAGUCAGAAUAGUGGGGUUUAUUAUGAGGCUACUGCUAUGUGUAGAUCUAGUGCUAAAGAUACUUCACAAGUGUUUGAUUUGGUAUCAUACUAUGGGAGAGUCACUGAUAUCAUACUACUUGAUUACAAUGUGUUUUAUGUACCUCUAUUCCGAUGUCAAUGGGCAGUAAGAGGUAAUGGAGUUAAGGUCGAAGAUGGUUUCACGCUUGUUAACUUGAAUCAAAGUCAAGUCAGCUUCUUGAGGGAUCCAUACAUAUUAGCCUCUCA